UAUUUUCCUUCUCAUGUGGCCGACUGAGUAAAACCCUAAACCCUAAAACCCCUCCAAUAAAAUCUUAACAUUUCCUCUUCAUUUCCCUUCGUCUUGCAUUUCUAAGAUCCACCUAUGGCCACCGCUGCUCUCAUCCGCUCCUUGCGACGUCGGGACGUAGCCUCCGCCCCUAUUUCUGCUUACAAAUGUUUGACUGGCAAUUUGAAACCAUCAUGGGCCCCUUCUAACGUCAGUAAUGGUUGGGCAAGUUUGUCGAGAGCUUUCAGUGCAAAACCAGCUGGAAAUGAUGUUAUUGGUAUUGACUUGGGUACCACUAAUUCAUGUGUGGCUGUCAUGGAGGGGAAGAAUCCCAAAGUCAUUGAAAAUUCUGAAGGAUCUAGGACCACCCCUUCAGUGGUUGCCUUCAACCAGAAGGGGGAGCUACUUGUGGGUACUCCAGCAAAGCGACAAGCUGUGACCAAUCCAACCAACACGGUUUUUGGAACUAAGCGUUUAAUUGGUAGGAAGUUUGAUGAUCCGCAGACCCAGAAAGAGAUGAAAAUGGUUCCAUACAAGAUUGUAAGGGCACCAAAUGGAGAUGCAUGGGUUGAGGCCAACGGGCAGCAGUAUUCCCCUAGUCAGAUUGGUGCCUUCGUUUUGACGAAGAUGAAAGAAACUGCUGAGGCUUACCUUGGAAAGACUGUUACAAAAGCUGUUAUCACUGUGCCAGCCUAUUUCAAUGAUGCUCAAAGGCAGGCAACAAAGGAUGCUGGGAGAAUUUCUGGCCUUGAUGUGCAGAGAAUCAUUAAUGAGCCCACUGCUGCUGCACUAUCCUAUGGAAUGAACAACAAGGAGGGUCUAAUAGCAGUUUUUGACCUUGGCGGUGGAACAUUUGAUGUUUCAAUCUUAGAGAUAUCUAAUGGUGUCUUUGAGGUGAAAGCAACAAAUGGUGACACAUUCUUGGGAGGAGAGGACUUUGAUAAUGCACUGCUGGAGUUCUUAGUGAGUGAAUUCAAGAGAACUGAGAGCAUUGAUCUCACAAAAGACAGGCUGGCUUUGCAGAGGCUUAGAGAAGCAGCAGAAAAGGCUAAGAUAGAGCUCUCAUCAACAGCCCAGACUGAAAUCAACUUGCCAUUUAUUACAGCUGAUGCAUCUGGUGCAAAGCAUCUAAACAUUACUCUUACCAGAUCCAAAUUUGAAACUUUGGUAAAUCACUUGAUUGAGAGGACCAGGAAUCCAUGCAAGAACUGUUUGAAGGAUGCAGGUAUAUCCACCAAGGAUGUUGAUGAGGUCCUUCUUGUUGGAGGAAUGACUCGUGUGCCCAAGGUUCAAGAAAUUGUAGCAGAGAUCUUUGGAAAGAGCCCGAGCAAAGGAGUAAAUCCUGAUGAAGCAGUUGCUAUGGGAGCAGCAAUUCAGGGUGGUAUUCUUCGUGGAGAUGUCAAAGAGUUGCUGCUCCUGGAUGUCACUCCUCUAUCUCUUGGUAUUGAGACUCUUGGUGGGAUAUUCACGAGGUUGAUCAAUAGGAAUACAACAAUUCCUACAAAGAAGAGUCAGGUCUUCUCUACGGCAGCUGAUAAUCAGACUCAGGUUGGUAUCAAGGUGCUCCAAGGUGAGCGAGAAAUGGCAUCUGACAACAAGCUCUUGGGAGAGUUUGAACUCAUGGGUAUUCCACCGGCACCUAGGGGUAUGCCUCAGAUUGAGGUGACAUUUGAUAUCGAUGCUAAUGGUAUUGUCACAGUCUCUGCCAAGGACAAAUCCACUGGAAAAGAACAACAGAUCACCAUCCGAUCAUCUGGUGGCCUUUCAGAAGAUGAAAUUGAGAAGAUGGUCAAGGAGGCUGAGCAAUUUGCACAGAAAGAUCAGGAAAGAAAGGCUUUGAUUGACAUAAAAAAUAGUGCAGACACCACUAUCUACAGCAUUGAGAAGAGUCUGGAUGAGUAUAGGGAAAAGAUUCCUGCUGAAGUUGCAAAGGAGAUCGAGGAUGCUGUUGCAGACUUGAGGAAGGCAAUGGCUGGAGAUAAUAUUGAAGAGAUCAAAUCCAAACUUGAUUCUGCAAACAAAGCUGUGUCAAAGAUUGGAGAGCAUAUGUCCAAGGGCAGUGGCGGGGACAGUGCAUCUGGAGGUUCCCAGGGUGGCGAACAGACUCCCGAGGCAGAGUAUGAAGAGGUGAAGAAGUGAUUGGCUUUAACUGUAAGCAUUGAUACUUUGAUUUGGGAGGGGUGGGUUUAAAACCACAUUCAAAAGAUGAAUCUUUGAAAUUUUUAUUCUCUUUUGAGGAUUAUGGUUUCUAGCGGUUUUGUAUCUAAAUGGAGCUUGAAUGUGCUUAGGAAAUCAGAUUGUCUUUCUUUGUUCAUUUGAAAACUGCAUAAGGGGGAAUCCCAUUUUAGUUAUAUGAGUAACCAAAGUUUUCUCCA